AUGGCAGAUUUACACUGUCUCUUGUUUCAUUCCAUUCACAUGUAUUCAUUUCUUAUCUAUUUUAAACAAGACACGCAGCUUCGAAGAGGGUGGGGGACCUUGCAAAGGGGACAAGGGGGUAUAAGAAUUGAUAUUGAAGCCAAUUCACGAUGUGUGUCUUUCACCGGAGUCACCAGCGCACCACAUCAAGAUGCUUUCCGAGGAUCCCAUCAUGUACCUGAAGAUUUCCAUAAGGCUGAUUCAUUAGAGAAUGAAUUGCCAGGAAAGUCUGGACUGCAUCCAGUGCCACCAGAGAACCAGGAACCUGUAUCAAGCCUUGAUGUAUCACAGAUUCAGAACGCUGAUAUAGAUGUUAAAGACAUCUUACUACGAUUUUUCAAAAAGUUAAAAAAUCAUCCUGAAAUCCUACAACAACUUAUAGAAAGUGAAGAGAAGCGAUUGUUAGAUGGAUAUGAGAAUAUGUUGGAUUUAGAACAAAUGGAAUCAAAUCCUGAUUCAAAUCUCAAUUUAGUGCCAGCAGUUGAGAACCCGAUUCCCGUACCGUACCAGAGUGAGAAGAUGGUAGUGAAGAAAGGUGGAUCUAGUCAACUAGAUUUUGAUCCCGAAUAUGACCCAAGAUCUUCCCCUGGAUUUUCUGGACCCAUUUCCGGCUCGGAUAUCAAUAAUAACAUUCCAUUGGUUCCUGCAAAUCAGCAACAUAAUGCUCAGCCUUCAGCUGAAGAAAUCGCAAAGCUAGAGAAGCAACAGAGUCCUUUCAUCAACAGUCUACCACUUUUUGAUAAAUUACCCAAUCCUCCUGCUGAUGAUAAGUUAACUGCUCCAGACAUUAAAGCCGACAUUCCAUCACCAGUCAAAUCACACAAGACGAUUUCUCAAGCUUCUUUUGACUCCAAUAUUGAAGAGAUCAAACAUGUUCCAAUCAGAGAAGAACUAGCGUCCGAAGUGCCACCCUCACUGUUGGCUGAUAAGAUAGAAUUGAGAGAAGAGGCUCAUCAGGCACUAAAGAAAGCCGAAGCCGAAGCAUUGAAAACAAAGAAAUUCCAAGCAACCUUGCAGAAAGAGCAGCUGAAACAGAUGGCUGAGGCACAGAAAGCUAAACAGGCGCAGGAAGUUGACGAACAGGAACACAAGUAUGACCAGCAGACUCAAGAGCAGCAAGUGGGCGUUGAGGAUCCACAGCAGCCAGAACUUUCAGAAGAUAGUCAAGGGGUGCAGCAACCCGACGCCGACCCUUACGGUUACUAUUAUUAUUAUUAUAACUAUCCAGAACUUGCACAACAAAUCUUCAAUGACGAUGCUGAAGAAUCCAAUGAAUCCUAUCAACCAGAAGAUAGCAGUGUCUCUGACUCCGUGGAAUCUAGCCAGCAAGAAGAUUCUAAUGAAUCAGUUGACAACAGCAGCCAAAAUGAUUCAAGUGUAUCGGGCGAAUCCCCAGAAACAAGUAUUUCCAACAGCAAUGAAAGUGAAGGCAACUAUGUCAGCUCUGAAGAAGUUACUGUUGAUGGUGAUAAUGAAAAGUCUCUCAAAGAACAAUCUUCUGAUAAGGAAAUUGAAUUAAAAGCCUUGACGAAGCCUCAAUCUGUCCAGAAGGCAAAUGAAAUGAAUAAUAUGUAAUUUGAAUUACGUAAAAAGUUUUUUGUUAAAAAUCUGUUAAUUAUAAUGAUACGUUUCUCCUGAUUAUGAACGUUUCCCAUGGCAAUAAUAUUUCCUGCUUAAUUUCCUAAUUUUAAUUAAAAUAAAAAAUGUACAUGAACGGCAAAAUCAUUUUCAUAAACGGCCUUGGCGAAAUGACGACCUGCUUAACAGAUUUUAUUCAAAGCAUAUUCAUAUCCAUUUAUUAUCCUGAGCGAAGCAAUCAUCUCAAUUUCAUACAUUUCCCCCAGCACUGUAAAUGUAUUAGUUAUUGAAAGAAAUUUUGUGAUGUAUUGCGAGUUGAUCGAAAUCUUCAUCUCGCAAAAGUGCAGUUAUAAAAAUUAAAUGGCUUUGACAUUUAACUCUUUAUCUAAAUGUACGCUUAAGGCGUAUAAAUGAUCAGCAGAUUGUGUAAGCGAAUUUAGUCAAGGCUAAAUGUUGUCACAAAAAUAAAUCAAAAUUUAAAGACCUUCAUUUAGAUUUUAUUUGUGCACAGCAAACUUGUUAUACUCUUGUUACGAUUGAUAUGUUUAUAUGUUUUUAUAUUUAUAUGACAUGCUCUAAUACUUAAUUCUAAUCACGAUAAAAAAAAAUCUCCUGAUUAUCUCGAAAUAGAAUUAUUCUCAACAAGCCAGUUAAGUAAAUGAGGAACGUCUUAAAUGCAUUAAACUGAUUGCCGGACGCCUACAGAAUGAAAUUCCGUUUCCUUAUUAAAAUAGGAUUGUUUAAUCACCUACAUGGAGGUUGUGUUGUUUCCAUAUUUCUGUGAUAUUAAAGUCUACUUAAAUUUUAUCCAAAAUAAAAUAUUAACUUAAAUUGCUUUC